GGAUAAUGGGGUGGAUGGGGAACCCCCUGCCCCGUGUCCUGCACACACAGGGGUGUUCCAGCUGAUGACAAACCACGAGUGUCACUUCAUCAACGGCACCGAGCGGGUGAGGUUCGUCGAGAGGCACAUCUACAACCGGGAGCAGUUCCUACACUUCGACAGCGAUGUGGGGGUCUAUGUGGGGGACACCCCACGUGGGGAGAUCCAGGCCAGGCACUUCAACAGUAAACGGGAAUGGUUGGAGUACAAACGCUCUGCGGUGGACAGGUACUGCCGGUACAACUACAAGGCUGAUGCUCCGUUCACCGUGGAGAGGAGAGUGCCCCCCAGCGUGUCCAUCUCGCUGGUGCCGUCGAGCUCCCAGCCCGGCCCCGGCCGCCUGCUCUGCUCCGUGAUGGAUUUCUACCCUGGGCCGGUGCAGGUGAGGUGGUUCCAGGAUGGGCAGGAGCUGCCGGAGCACGUGGUGGCCACCGACGUGGUCCCCAACGGGGACUGGACCUACCAGGUGCUGGUGAUGCUGGAAAUCCCCCCCCGGCGCGGGGUCACCUACAGCUGCCAGGUGGAGCACGUCAGCCUGGAGCACCCCCUCAGCCGGCACUGGGAGAUGCCACCGGACACCGUCCGCAGCAAGAUCCUGGUGGGGGUCGGGGGCUUCGUCUUGGGCUUGGUCUUCCUGGCGCUGGGGCUCGGCUUCUACCUGCGGGAG